AUUCGCAUCCGAAAAAUCUACCUGAUUCCGUCUGCUUUAUAUCUUUGAACACCGAUUAUAUAUUUUAAAACAGUGGCGGAAACAUUUAUUCCCUUUUUAUGCUUACCAGAAAUUUACCAACAACGCACAGAACAACCGAAUACACAGCACUUAACCUUACACAAUAAACAAUCGAUGACAGAGCAACUGUCAAAAACAACGCAACCGUUUCUCACAACAAACCCUACAAGUGGACGGGCAGAGCACAAAAUCUACAAAAUAAAGUAGAAUUACGAAUUUAUUCGCUAUUCCUGCCAUUAAAGUACAAUUCCAAAGUCCUUUGUACGCGAAGCGAACCGGCAGUUAGCGCAAGAGAGGGUAAUUUUGCGUACACCUUCAAGUGUCAUCUUGCGGUAAAAGAGCAGAAGAACAGUACAAAGAAGACCAGCAGAUGUAAAGACAGAGAGGAACCGAGUGUGUAAGAGAACAAUAGACGAUUGCAUCGUACUGCUUUGUAGUAAAAAGCGCAGCUUCUUCUGCCUCUUCUGCGCUCCAGCGGGAUCAGAUCCUUUUUCUUUAUCCGUGCGUGCGGUUCGUGCGUAGUUACGUGCGUCGAAAAUUGUCUAUUUGGCCGGGAAAGGGAACGUACACUGGAAGGGACGUACCAAUUGCUUUUCGUCGCCAUCGUUUCCCGUUGCGUCGCAUUCUGCCUGUUCCCGAACCUUUCGAUCCGCUCGAUCGUUUUUCAGCGUGAGGAAGACGGCUUCUCAAAACAACAAACCAACCCCCGUUGUGCGUGUAGCUGUGUGUGUGUGCGUAUUUAUAUAUCGCGUACCAUAUAGCCCUACAUUGUCGAAAACCCUUCGGGCCACAGAGCGACACCAGUGUGCAGCGAUUAGUGGUUGUUCGACGGUUCGGUGCGCUCUUGAGUUUUCAUCAACAUCAGCUUUUGUUCGUGGUCUUGAUUUCCAUUUUUCGGGCUAGCUGGUUAGUUGAGUUCGGAUCGGUAUCGGUGGAACAUUCGUAACUCGCAAGCUAUCGGGAAGAAAAAGAAAGACAAAUCCCCCAUACACGCACAAACACGAACACCCGCAACAAACGCAUCUAACACCAAGCACCACUACCACCACUAUUAACGCUCGAGCGUCGAGUGUGUCGCGUGUGUGUGUGUGUGUGUACCGGGUGCCGCACGGAUUUUGCACGUCCGGAAAAUCUACCAUCGCUGUCCGGCAGCAGCCAGCUGGGUGCCCGGUCGGUCAACAAAGAUGUUUGCCUGCCCGUGCCUGAACGUGUCGAUAGCCGUAAACGAUGAGAGCACCGUCCCCAGCAGUACAACCGCCACCGAUCCCGGACCAGUGACGCUGAAGAGCGAAAUUAGCUUGCCGCGGCCACCAGCAGCCGUGAUUGCCGGACUUGCGGAAGGAAAAUCACGCGAGCUGGCCAGCUUCUUCCAGGAGUCGGUUGGACCCCUGCAAGAUGCCAGCGUAACAAUGCAGCUGACAAUGAUGCUAAAGACAAUCUCGUGCGAUGGCUGGAAUGUGUGCAAAUGUCUGUACUGUGGUUCCGUCACGUUUGCCCGUGAUAUCACCAACCCGGCCACUGUCCUGAUCAAUGGAACACUUGCGCUCACCGCAGACGAAAUUAAUCGACGUAAACGGCAGGAAAAUUAUUCACCCGCGUUCAGGAUCGUGCUCGAUCGGCGUGCGGCCGAUUUUCGCGGAUUUUAUCGCAAGGACCAGUGCCGCAGCCUGUUUACGGCGGCGGCCAACACGCUCGACAGUACGAACGAUCGGAACGAGCUGCUCGAAUCGUUGCGCGCGUUUAUGCUUGCCGAAACGCAGUCGGCUAACGAACGGAUCGCCCGGGUCACGCAGGAGCUGAACGAGCAGCUGAGCAAUGUGCGCGAUCGGGCUGAGCAGGAUUAUCUGUUUCUGGCGCAAACAUUCGUACCUGAACUACUAGCUAGUAAUGCAAGCGGCGAACAGCAUGGUACCGGGACCAACAACACCACCACCAGUCCGUCGGUGGUGGAGAAAGCGCUUCAACCAUUGCUAACGAACUUAGGUACGCCGGUACCAGCAAAUCCAGCGGAUGUCGCGGACAGUCACCUGGAAACGCCACCCGCAACGCCGGAGUGUAUGCCGAUGUCAACCGGCAACAGUCCACCGUCGAUUGUGAACGGUAACGGUACGUCGGUUAGCCCCGACCAGAACGCUAGCAGCGUUUCCAACGGUGCGGAUUCAACGCACGGCUUCAAGCCGGCUACCGACAAUCAGCGGGCGCCAAUGCAGCUGAGCAACAGUGCCGCCAAUACGAUCAACAAUAAUACUACGAACAGCAACCAAGGUGCCAUUAGCAAACCACCAACUCAGCAGCAGCAGCAGCAACAUUCCAUGAGUACAAAUCUCUUUGCCAAUCACGGCAAUACCCUGGGGGCGGCCACAACGGUACCAGGGCUUGCCGGCAGUGUCGGCAACCUAACGGGAGCUACACAUAGAUUUAACAGCAAUGUCCAUCAGCGACAACAGCAGCCGCAGCCGCAGCUGCAACAGACAAUGUUCGACUCGGACUGUAUGUUCGACAUUGAUGGGAUGGAGAAUGACAAAACGCCACCACCGGAUGAUAUUUCUGACGAGGAGCAAUCAGAUUAUGAUGAUAUACCGGAAAACAACAAUCGUGCGGAAGGUGGCAUAUUUAUCCCACGCCAUCAGUACGGACGACAGACGAGCUCGGUCGCAAAAAGUCUUCCGAUUUCAAUGCCGAAAAUGAUGCCACCGUACCGGAUGAACGAAGAAGAUCUCGAUGAGAUGGCGGAAGAUACGGUCGAUAUUGCGGCCAGUAUCAAGGCCCUCGCCAAAAGCGUACACGGCGAGGCAGUGUUUGGUGAUUUGCCACGUCGGCAAAUUCAAAAGUUCACCUCACAGAUAUGAGCGUGUUACGCCACGGCAGAGGAUCUCAUCUUUACUUUCCCCUGACUGUUACUGUUGCGUUGAGACCACUCUCUGCACCCGAGUGGGUCAACCUGGAGACAGCCGACAAAGGAUAUGAUACGAUCCGGAUCCUCGUGAUAUGCAAAUGCGUUGCGUUUAGUACACUGCAGAUUGCUCCCCUACCGGCACCCACAAAUUAAGUUGUUUUUGGUCAUUUUGCAAGCGUUUUCAACAUUUUAAUCUAAAUUUAAGUUUUUUUUUAUUUUACAAAAAUGGAUACACUUUUUUUAAUGUGUUUGUUUUUGUUUUUUUUGUGUGCAACGCAAACAGAAAAGUUUGCUCUGUCAAUGUACUAUUGCUUACGGCAAAGGAUUGACCGUAGUUGAGUACAAGAAAUGAUAUGUGCUCUAACUGUAUUCACAUUCAUUUGCAAUCAUUUAUUUCCUAUGUUUCGUUGCAAUAAUUGCCUACCAGAACUUAACUCGAAUGUACGAGUUGGAUUAUAUUUUUUUUUUACUCUAUCUGUCCUUUAUUCAUUUUGCUUUUAUCAAAUGAUACGAAUCUGUGUGUUGGGAAAGGAAAAGAACUAUUCUUUUAGUAUGAACUUUGUUUUUGAAAGUUGAACUAUAAAGGGCAAAUUGUUCUACAUUGUGUCCAUCUCACCUCACCUCACUAUCGGCAAACACGCCACGUCGUGGAUCGUGUGUUUUGCGUACGUAAAACAUCCUCUUUAAAUCGCCAAUCAACUGAAGCAGGUACUUCCUGGGUUAUCAACCACACACGACCGCAAAAAAAAACUUAUGGAGUUGUGUACGUGAGAACGAUUGCAUACUUUUUAGCGUUGCAAACCCCUAAACACAACCCAGCGCCCCCACCAGGUACGUGCGCGAAACGCAAAAAAAGGGGAGAAUUCUGUCUGCUUUAUUUUUUUUUUGGUUGUAACUUUACCAUUCAAUGCAGUGUACUAAUUACUACCUAGUGACUAUCGGUUAAUUUGUAAGUCGUUACAAUAUUAGUGUUUAUCGAAAUGAAGAGUAUGCUAUAUAACAGACAAACAGAGAAAAAACAAAGGGACAGGAAGAACGCAAUGCUUUGAAGCGAUUGCAGACGGAAGGGCUAAUAAGAAAAAGGGCAGGAAAAAUGAAAGCAUGUUACAAUCAGGCGAUAAAUGAUAAAUGAGCAGUAAUGAGCGGAAUCGUGCAAGAUGAAACAAUAAUUGUCGAAUAUUGCAAUAUUAAAACGCGAUCGAUUCAGCGUUUGUUUUGUUUUUUUUUUUUAACGGUUUUUAAACUGCUCUAUUUUUUUUGGGGGACAAACUUUCCAACAAUCUCUCAAAUGCGUAAUGCGCAUCGGAAAGUACACGGAAUGGGCAAGCGCCCUUAUGUAGUAGAGGGGGGGGAUUUGCGCUUGUCAGAAGAACAUCGAUCGACACUCCCAAUAUGCCAUGUUUUCAAGUACAAUUCAUCCAUGUUAUUAUCUACCUGUGGGUCCAGUUCGUGUUUUUUUUUUUUACUAAACUAAUAUAAUAAAGCAUCCUGUUUAUAUAAUAAAGUAUGCUAUCGGUUGGAUGCGUUCGAAUCUCACCGUUGGAAGCUGAGCACCAAAAGAGGAGACGACAGGCGUGGCAGGAUUUUCCGUUUCUUUCACAUGCGUCUUCCAUUUGUUGGCUUUUGGCGCGAAUAUCAUCAAUGGACGUAACAACUUGCGACGAAGACAAAAGUACCUGCUGGACCAAAGGUUUGGAUCUUCACACGCAGCGAAGAGAAUUAAGAAGCACCACCGUUUAGAAGGAGAUUUUACUACUAAAGAAAUCCAACGUUUGAUCCUUUUAUCCCGAUCCGUUGUUCCCACACACACAAUACCUCGUUCAUUUUGGAAUUGAAUCCAUCAAACCAUCAAAAGCUGCUCCCCAUUGCCAUCCUUCAUCUGGUCUGGAUUGGUCACGGAUGACUCCUAUUCCUACAAUAACUAAACUACCUCCAACUAUUUGUUUUCUACCGUUCGGUUUACCGAUCAAUUUGCUUGUGUUUGUUAAUGGGUUAGUAGUUUUAGCAGCUGGCAAAAACGGACAAGGACAUAUAAGGUCAUAAUCAAUUAAACAAUCAUGUAGCAAAAAAAAAAACAACAAAAAACGGGACAAAGAGCGAACGAUGGUUUCCCUAGUACUUGAAGUAGUUGCUAAACAAAUCGUCCAAAUCAUGCUAUCAUGAAUGUUAGUCUGUCUAUCGAAACUGUCGAAAUCGCAAUCAGUUGAUUAAUUGGGAAUCGGAUUCAUCCCAAAUCCGAGCAAAACGAGAAACAAAGCAGGAUUCAAGGUAAACAGUGUGUAGUGUAUCCUUUCCGCAGCGAUUAAUCAAGCAUACUAGUAACGUGUUAUAUUAUAUAUAUAUAUACGCCCAAUGCAUAUGUAUAUUAAACUAA